AUGGAAGAUGAUGCAAACCCACCACCAAACUGGCGUGAAACUUUGAGAUUAAUUGAAGAAGAAAGGAGGGAGAGUGAUGCUAGAAUGGCAUUGCUACAAGACCAAGUAAGACAACUCUCAAUUCGACUUCAACACCAACGUGAAGGAGGUGAAGAUUCGGAUGAUGCAAGUGAAGUAACUUUGCGCCCUAGAAGGUUCAAUCCUCGACCUUCUAAUGAUAUUAAGGUUGACAUACCUGACUAUGAUGGCAAGCUUGAUCCUGAUGAGUUUGUUGAAUGGAUUAGAACUAUUGAGAGAGUGUUUGAUUACAAGCAAGUUCCGGAGGAUAAAAGAGUGAAACUUGUAGCCUUGAAAUUAAGGAAAUAUGCAUCCACUUGGUGGGCGAGCAUAUGUGCCAAAAGAGAAAGAAUGGGAAAGGAGAAAGUAAGGAGUUGGGAGAAGAUGAAGAAACUUCUCAAACAAAAAUUCUUGCCAACUUACUAUGUGCAAGAAAAUUUCUCAAAAUUCCAUCAUCUGAAUCAAGGAAGUAAAACAGUUGAAGAAUAUGCAAGGGAGUUCGAGGCUUACAUCAUGAAAUGUGAUGUCUUGGAGGAUGAACCUCAAACACUAGUGCGAUUCUUAGGAGGUUUAGACCCUUCUAUUGCAAAUGUGGUUGAGUUGCAUUCUUACUCAACCUUAGAAGAGCUAGUUCUGUUGGCUCACAAAGUGGAACGUCAAAACAAAAACAAAUCCAAAGGUAAAUGGGACUCUUCUCGUACCUUUACUAAACCUACCCCCUAUUCUAAACCAAACACCACCCUUUCUAAACCAAACACUCCCUACUCUUCUAAGCCACCCCAAAAGAAUGAAGUCAAACCUACUGUGCCAAAUACACCCCGACGGUGCUAUAGAUGUCAAGGAUUAGGGCACAUUGCCUCUGAAUGUCCUAACAAAAAGGUCAUAACUCUUGCGGAGUAUGAAGCCAUAGAAGAAGGAUACGAAGAGGAGGAAGAGGAGGAGAAUAUGGAGGAGGAAGAAGAGGGACGUUACAUUGGACCUGAUGAUGGUGAAUGUUUAGUGGUUCGAAGAGCUCUUAGUGGUAUACCUACUAAUGAGGAACAAUUGCAAAGAGAGGCUAUCUUUCACACGAGGUGCACCAUAGGAGGCAAAGUUUGUUCCUUAAUCAUAGAUGGAGGCAGUUGCACCAACGUAGCCUCACAAACCUUGGUUACUAAGUUAAACCUACAAACUAAUCCUCACCCUAACCCAUAUGUCAUACAAUGGUUGAAUCAAGGAAAAGGAAUACAUGUUUCUUCACGUGUAUUAUUAGCUUUCACCAUUGGAAAGGAGUAUAAGGAAGAAUUGUGGUGUGAUGUUAUCCCCAUGGAUGCGUGCCAUGUUCUAUUGGGAAGACCUUGGAUGUUUGAUAGAAAGGUAAUACAUGAUGGUUACAAGAAUACUUAUGCUUUUGUGAAGAAUCAAAAGAAGAUUGUCCUAACCCCUUUAUAUCCACGGCACAAAGAACAUACCAACAAUCCAACCAAAAAUCCAGUAUCCCUCACCACCCUCAUCAAAUCAUCUUACCAUGAAUAUGAGUCAUUCCAAGAGCUCAUUUUGAGUGGUUUAGAUCAAACCCCUCAUCCAAAAUCCGAACCACAACACCCUUUGCUGACCCCUUUGCUCAAUCAAUUCAAACAUGUUUUUCCACAAGAAAUACCCCCUGGCCUACCCCCUAAACGAGACAUCCAACACAAGAUUGACCUUAUUCCCGGAGUUAGCCUACCUAAUAAACCUGCUUAUAGGACAAAUCCUAAAGAAACCGAAGAGAUAAGGAGGCAAGUGGAGGAAUUAAAGGUGAAAGGCUUGAUUAGGGAGUCACUUAGUCCUUGUGCUGUCCCUACAUUACUAGUACCUAAGAAGAAUGGUGAAUGGCGUAUGUGUGUUGAUAGUAGGGCCAUCAACAAAAUCACUAUAAAGUAUCGGUUUCCUAUUCCAAGAUUGAAUGAUCUUCUAGAUGAUUUACAUGGUUCGAAAGUCUUUUCAAAGAUAGACCUAAGGAGUGGUUAUCACCAGAUUCGAAUCCAUGAAGGGGAUGAGUGGAAGACGGCCUUUAAAACAAAAGAAGGAUUGUAUGAAUGGCUAGUCAUGCCAUUUGGAUUGUCAAAUGCACCAAGCACAUUCAUGAGGUUAAUGAACCAAACUUUAAAACCUUUUCUUGGUCGAUUUGUAGUGGUGUAUUUCGAUGACAUUUUGGUGUAUAGCAAGAAUGAAUUGGAGCAUGUUGAUCAUUUACACCAAGUGUGCGAAGUUUUGGAGAAGGAACAACUCUAUGGAAACCUUGAGAAGUGUCAUUUCUUCUCAAAUCAGGUUGCCUUUCUUGGCUUCCUUGUUUCACAUGAUGGCAUUGAAGUAGAUGAAAAGAAGGUGCAAGCCAUUAGAGAAUGGCCAGUUCCAAGUUCCAUCCAACAAGUAAGAAGUUUCCAUGGCUUAGCUUCCUUUUACAGGAGGUUUGAGAUUUAG